AGUUUUCAGCUUCAUAGAACCCAACAAAAUUAUGCCAAUAUUUGCAAUCUUAGCCAAAUUGAACUAUACAAAUUCCCCAUUCUAGUCCUCUUCUAUAUGAUUACUCAUUCUGUGGGAUCAACGAAUUGCAAAGAAUGCGCUCUUGAGUCUUGAACAUUCUUUCAUGGUUUCCCUUUCACCUGCAUUUCUUGGUCCACUCCAUAAACUCCCAAUCAAUCUUUACUCGUGUUUCCUCCAAUCCCUAUACCCUCAGUUGGGUUUGUUCGUCUCUCACUUUCCUUAUUUGGUUCUGUCUCAUUUCUAAGUGAAAGGAUCAAGAAUUUGUUUAGCCCGUAAAGGAUUGAGUUACUGUUGGUUCUUUGAGGGAAAUCGUCGAACACAUGAUGGCUUCUUUAAGUUCACUGCCUUUUACGGUUGAAACGAAAGCAGAGAUCUCUGCCCUUCUCCAUGGCAACAACCGACAUCGACCCAGGUUUCCUUUUGUGGCAUAUCGGCAGAGGAAGUAUAAAGAAGUCGCUUUUUACAAAGAUUUUACAUGUGGGUUUUCUUUGUGCUGCGAUAAAUUGAGCGGUGAGCAUCUGCGAAGACAUUGGCGCGCGCAAGUGGCAGGCCCGGAGUCAGUGGACGGUGAGGGCGGGGAUGAAUCAGAGGACGCGCUACAGAUUUCCAUUGAGAAGAGCAAAAAGGUUCUCGCUGCGCAAAAAGAUUUACUUCAGCAGAUCGCUGAAAGAAGAAAGUUGGUUUCAUCAAUAAAAGAUAGUGUGAUUGACACCACGGAAAACGAAGAAUCUAAUCAACAGAAGGCUGACUCUUCUAAGAAUCUGGAAUUCGCUUCAAGUGGUGGUGCUGGUACUUUUGACAAUCAAAAUGGCAGCAUUUUUUCCGAGAGCACUGUCCCUAAAACUGCAGAUAAGGUAUCAAGAACGCUACCUUCUGCUGCUGGUGGGGUUUCAAAUGCAGGUGAGAAGCAACCUGUACAAAACAUUACCAAAAUAGAUCCCUCUACUGAAAUCCCCCCUAAACAUUUGAAAGGCACUAUUUCAAGGACAGUUUGGUCCGAUGAUUUGCCAUCUUUUCUUGCAACUACCUCUGGAACUUCCGAUCCGAAUACUGAAAUGCAUGAAGGUUUGCUAGGAACUGAGCAUGAGGAAACUGAUUCUCAGAUUGAAGAUAUAAAACCUCCCCCUUUAGCUGGGACCAAUGUAAUGAAUGUUAUAUUGGUGUCUGCAGAAUGUGCUCCAUGGUCUAAGACAGGUGGGCUGGGAGAUGUUGCUGGUUCAUUACCAAAGGCUUUGGCUCGACGUGGGCAUAGGGUUAUGGUUGUGGCUCCAAAGUAUGAUAAUUAUGCCGAACCUCAAGAUGCUGGAAUUAGAAAAAUAUAUAAGGUGGCUGGCCAGGAUGUUGAAGUAACAUACUUCCAGGCCUUCAUUGAUGGAGUUGAUUUUGUUUUUAUUGAAUGUCCUAUGUUCCGCCAUAUAGGGAAUAACAUAUAUGGAGGAAACCGACUGGAUAUAUUAAAACGCAUGAUUUUGUUUUGCAAGGCAGCCGUUGAGGUUCCUUGGCAUGUCCCAUGCGGUGGAGUCUGUUAUGGAGAUGGAAAUUUGGUUUUCAUUGCCAAUGAUUGGCAUACUGCAUUAUUGCCGGUUUAUCUGAAGGCAUAUUAUCGGGACAAUGGAUUGAUGAAAUACACAAGAUCCAUUUUGGUGAUUCAUAACAUAGCCCACCAGGGUCGGGGUCCAGUGGAUGAUUUCUCUUAUGUGGAUCUGCCCCAACACUACAUAGAUCUUUUCAGACUCUAUGACCCUGUAGGUGGUGAGCACUUCAACAUAUUUGCAGCUGGUCUAAAAACAGCAGACCGUGUGGUUACCGUGAGUCAUGGAUAUGCACGGGAACUUAAAACUCCUGAAGGUGGUUGGGGUCUGCAUGGAAUCAUAAAUGAGAAUGACUGGAAAUUGAGAGGCAUUGUUAAUGGGAUUGAUACAAGGGAGUGGAACCCUCAGUGUGAUGCGCACUUGACCUCAGAUGGUUACACUAACUACUCUCUUGAGACGCUUCAUACUGGCAAGCCUCAAUGCAAGGCUGCCUUACAGAAGGAGCUUGGUUUGCCCAUUCAUCCUGAAGUCCCUGUGAUUGGCUUCAUCGGGAGGCUGGAUCAUCAAAAAGGCGUUGAUCUUAUAGCUGAGGCAAUUCCCUGGAUGGUUGGUCAGGAUGUGCAACUAAUUAUGCUAGGCACUGGUAGACAAGACCUGGAACAGAUGCUCAGGCAAUUUGAAAGCCAGCAUCAGGACAAAAUCAGAGGGUGGGUUGGUUUUUCUGUCCGGACAGCGCAUAGAAUAACUGCUGGUGCAGACAUCUUGCUUAUGCCUUCGAGAUUUGAGCCAUGUGGAUUGAACCAGCUGUAUGCAAUGAACUAUGGGACAAUUCCAGUUGUUCAUGCAGUUGGUGGACUAAGAGAUACCAUUCAGCCUUUCAAUCCAUAUGACGAGUCUGGGCUUGGGUGGACAUUUGAUAGUGCUGAUGCAAAUAAGCUAAUACAUGCACUGGGGAACUGCUUAUGGACUUAUCGCGAGUACAAGAAGAGUUGGGAAGGGCUUCAGAGGCGAGGGAUGACGCAAGACCUCAGCUGGGACCAUGCAGCUCAGAAUUACGAGGAAGUCCUCGUUGCGGCUAAAUACCAAUGGUGAGAAUCUUGGUCCAUAUGAUAUCAGUAAGUUUUUGACCUUUCGCAAGUGCUACAUGAGUAGGUUUUAUGAUCGGAGUAUCCAUCGUUGGUACACCCAUUGCUCAAGUCAGGGAAAGAUACCUUUUUGGUUUCUAUUGUGGGUAAUGUUUUCUUUCUUUCAUCCUUUUCCACUUUGUUACAUAAUUUGACUCGACUGGUCGUGGAAGCCCGUUGGUAAAUAGGAUUCUGGUUCUUGUUUAAUGGUUUUCUUGUUUGGAUGAAGAAAGGUAUAAUGCAAUGGCCGACUUCUGCAAA